AUGUUUCCUCGUAAUCUCACCCGUCUCUGUCAACGCUCUUUUUCCACGUCCUUUCCCGCGUCCUCAGGACACAGUAAAUGGGCCAAGAUUAAGCAGCGCAAAGGCAUAAAUGACGCACAGAAAUCCGCUAUCUAUGGGCGGGCCAGCCGCGCAAGCGGUGGAAAGGACAAGGGCAACCAGCUUGCGACGUACGAGGCGAUGGCGCACGGGUCCGUUGGCGUGUUGAUAGAGUGUCUGACAGACAACGGCAAUCGCACGCUGCACAAUUUGCGCUCCAUUCUCAACAAACAUAACGCACGAUAUGCGACUGUUGGAUUCAUGUUUCAGCGGAAGGGCUGCGUGCGCGUCGCGGUAGAUGCAGGGCAAGUAGAGGCGCUCAUCGACGCAGCGCUCGAAGCCGAUGCGGAGGAUUUUGAAGAGCAAAACGUGUCGGAAGAGAGUGUCGAGAUCCAGUUUAUCUGCCCAACACAAUCUCUCACAAAACUCACCGAGGCCGUGAUGUCCUCAGGACGCGUCCGGGAGCUGCUCACAAGUGAGCUAAUCUACGUACCGACCGAGGCGAGUGAGAGCACAGACGAGGAGCUGGAAAGCAGAGUUGGGGAGAUGGUGUAUGAGCUCGAAGAGAACGAGGACAUCCUUCGAAGGCGCGUUGGCCAGUGCCGCCGCAACAACUCUUCGCUCAUCCGCCCAUCAUCUCCGUCCCUUUGCCACACGCCCCCUCGCUCUAUCCCUCCAUCCACUCGAUCUCUAUCUGCAAUGUCUGAGUCUGCAUCUCCUCUUGCCUCACCCGCCCCUGAAGAAGCCACUAUCCAAAAGAAGGCUCCUCGUUCUCGCUCCUCUCGGUCGACUGGCAAGAAAGAGGUUAAGGAGAAGAAGAAGAUCACUGCCAAGAAACCUGUCUACAAGAAGUCAGUGGAAGAAAAGUCUGCUACCCAUCCUUCAUGGAAGGAUAUCAUCAAGGAAUGCAUUGCCGCCAACCCCGAAGACGCUCGCUCGGGCGUAUCUCGCAGUACUCUUAAGAAGUUCGCAGAGGAUAAAUACAAUCUCGACAUGAGCGGCGGUAACCUCUUCCAGCUCAACCGUGCCAUCACCACCGGCGCCGAACAGGGUGUCUUCUCUCUGCCCAAGGGGCCUUCGGGCAAGAUCAAGCUUGCACCCAAGCGUCCUCGCACUGCCGCCGCCACUGAGAUGAAGGAGAACAAUAAGCCCACCAGCUCCAAUGAGGAAUCCGAUGGACCCGCCAAGAAGCCCAAAGCACCGAAGAAACUUGUAGAGAAGAAGACGGCGAAAGCCAAGGCAGUGGCUGCUCCCGCCACAAAGGCGAAGACGAAGGCCAAAGCUCCUGCCGCUAAGAAGCCUGCACCCAAGACGAAGACCGCCCCUGCCGCUGCGCCAAAGAAAGCAAAGGAGAUUGUACCACUGAAGAAGACGGUCGCACCGAAGAAGGUGGCUGCUAUCAAGAAGCCUGCCGAAAAGGCAAAGAAGACGAGCACGGCUAAGAGCUCAGAGAAGAAGGUUGCCGCUGCCAAGGCCGCCGCCACGAAGGCCACAAAGACGAAGGCAGCUGCCAGUAAGACCACAAAAACGAGGGCAGGAAAGAAGACGGCGGCUUAGCGUUCUCUAUCUAGUCAUCUCCUUUUCUCUAUGGACGGUCUGGUACACACUGCGCUCUUGUUCCGUCCUCGAUAUUUGGUCCAUUGCUACUCCCCUUUGUUGUUUGGCUCUAGCUCUAUGUUAUACGAUUAUUAUACCUUGUCCUGCCUGGCUGUCCCAUUUAUCUCUUACAUGUACAACGCGAGUCCUCGUUCGGCAGAUGACGUUGUCCUGUCAAUGUAUACAUCUGAUCUUCUGUGGUAUAUUAUUUCGUGCGAUCCGCAACGAUUGAAAUCUGACGCAUGACGCAUC